CCAGUCUACCCCAAGGCCUCAAUUUUAACAAAGAGGAAUUUGGGAUUUAGGAUAGAGAAAAAAAGGAAAAAAGAAGAAAUAAACGAAAAAGAAGAAACAUACUCUCAUCACAUCACUCUUCUGUCUUCUCUAUAACGUUCUUCUACUAAAAGAAGUUUGUAAACCCUAACCCUCCAAAUUGCAAUCUGUAAACUUUCCCUGCAAUUACAAGGCAAAUUCCAUCUCUUUAAAAGAUUACAGAUUGCGCUCUACAUUCAUAUUCAUCCACACUUUCCAGAUUUUGUUUCCAUCUAAAAAGUUCGAUUUCGAAAUUUCCAGCAUCAAUUCAACUUAAAAGAAAUUGACGACGAUUUCCAAAAAAACGAAGAUUUAGAGGGAAAGGAAAACCCCUUGUGGUUGGAUACGGCACUGCAUGCGGAAACGGCGUCGUUUGCAAGUAUCAAUGAGCUUAUUAGAUGCCUGAGGAUGAAGACUCGGACUCUAAACGUGGAAUUGUUGAUUCAACUCGGCAAUUUUAUUCCCUCUUUAGUGGAUGGAUAUGCAGCUUAACUUUUAAACACCUUGCUUCUCUGGUUAAAUCUCCGUCUAGCCUUUCGGAACAAGGGUAUUGUAGUUCCAAUUUCUUGAAUAAAAUGGAAACUAUUGACAUUACAUCAUCAGUCAGUGACUCUGGAUUGAGCUCGGAUGGUGAUGAUGACCCCGUGGAAGUAUCUCAACCAGGUCCAUCAAAUGCUAGUGGCAGGAUUCUACCAGAUUCACUCAGGAGAAGUGAUGGUUUUCAUAUGCAACCUCCAAAGCCAUCUUCUAGCAGAGGGACAUCAUCUUCACGUGGUGCCCGUCGCUUUCAGGCUGAAUCCUCUCCUAGCACUAGCUAUGGCAUUGGCAUUGGCAAUGCCAAUGCCAAUCAACCAUCCAAUGGAACUAAUUUUCACUCAAGGAGGAAUGAUGAAAAGUUUAACUGGAAUAACUCUGAACAACACCUCAAUAAGAGGGCUAUUCCGUCCUCUUUUCAGCCGUCUGGGUCUGGGUCACGUACUAAUCAAAACCCUUGGGAUCAUUUAGGCAACAAUCGGGGGUAUUUAAGUAAAGGUAGCGCUGACGAUGCUUAUAUGUAUGACCAUAAUUUUCCGCGUAUUCUUCCUCAUACUAUGGCACGUGGCAAACCUGGUUCCUCCGGAGAUUAUGCAAGUGAUCCUUACCAGAAUGUGGGGUUUGGGGAAGAGAGGGUUUUAGGAGACGAAAGAUUGAUCUAUCAAGCGGCACUACAGGAUCUUAGCCAGCCACUAGCUGAACUUGAUGUUCCUCAAGGGGUCUUAUCUGUCUCUCUUUUGAGACACCAGAAAAUUGCUCUAGCAUGGAUGGUUGAGAAGGAAUCAAGAACUAUGCAUUGCUUGGGUGGAAUUCUUGCAGAUGAUCAGGGACUGGGUAAGACAAUUUCAACUAUAGCCCUGAUAUUAAAACAGUGGCCUGCACAGAUAAAGUCACAAUCAAAGAAACACGAAAAUUACAAUGCUGAAGCUUUAGAUUUGGAUGAUGAUGAUGAUGACAACAAAGGAAAUAAUACAGAAGUUCCUAAUGUUGAGAAGUGCAAAUCAGAGGAGGCCGGUAAGAAUAAAUAUGAGACGUUGAAUUUGGAUGAUGAUGAUGAUGAUGAUAAUGGAUGUGCCACUGCUGAAACUGUCAAGAAAAUGGAAAAUGGUGAUGGUUUAAAAUGUAAUUCAGGGUCAACUUCUUCACACCACACAAUUCAGAAGCAGAGGCCAUCUGCAGGUACAUUGAUUGUGUGUCCAGCAACUGUUUUGAGGCAGUGGCAUAGAGAGUUAAAUGAAAAAGUUGCUUGGAAAGCAAAACUCAAAACUUUGGUGUACCAUGGGGGCAAUAGGACCAAGGAUCCUUCUGUACUGGCGGAUUGUGAUGUGGUUCUUACCACUUAUGCUAUAGUUACUAACGAGGUGCCUAAGCAACCUAUAGUGGAUGAAGAUGAUGGUGAGCAAAAACCUGGGGAUAGAUACGGGUUAUCAUCUGAUUUUUCUGGUAGUAAGAAGAGGAAGCAUCCAUCUACCACCAAUAAAAAAGGAAAGAAAGGCAAGAAAUUAGCUGAUAGCGCAUUAUAUAGUCAGGCUGGUGCUCUUGCCAGAGUGAAUUGGUUUAGGGUGGUACUAGAUGAAGCGCAAACCAUAAAAAACCAUAGAACACAAACAGCUAGAGCUUGCUGUGGAUUGAGAGCAAAAAGAAGGUGGUGUUUAUCUGGAACCCCCAUACAGAAUUCAGUGGAUGAAAUGUACAGUUACUUCAGGUUUCUUCGUCAUCACUUUUAUUCUAGUUACAAAAACUUUUAUGAUGGAAUAAAAAACCCAAUUUCCAGAGACCCAAAUAUAGGCUACAAGAAGCUUCAAGCAGUACUGAGGACUUUAUUGCUGCGACGUACAAAAGAGACAUUACUUGAUGGAGAGCCUAUUAUAAGCUUACCUCCGAAAACCAUAAAGAUGAACACUGUGAAUUUCAGUGUUGAGGAGCGGGCCUUUUAUGCUCAACUGGAAGCUGAAUCGCGUUCACAAUUCAAGGCUUACGCUGCUGCUGGUACAGUUAAUCAAAACUAUGCCAACAUUCUGUUGAUGAUAUUGCGGCUUCGCCAGGCUUGUGAUCACCCACUUCUCGUUAAAGGAUUUAGUUCAGGUUCUGGUAGAAGAACUAAUCUGGAGAAGGCCAGGGAACUGCCUAGGCGUGUCUUGAUGCAAUUAUUGAAUCAUUUGGAAGCAGCUUCUGCAAUCUGUCUAAUUUGCAGUGAUCCAGCUGAGGAUGCUGUUGUGACCAUUUGUGGGCAUGUUUUCUGCUACCAGUGUGUGGCAGACUAUCUUAAUGGCGAUGACACCAUGUGUCCUGCUCAAAGAUGCAAAGAACACCUAACUGAUGACGUCCUUUUUUCAGAAGCUACUCUAUUAAAUUGUGUUUCUGGUGAUGUUGAUGGGAAUUUUUCUAACGACAAUGGUAGCUCCAAGAGUUCAUCAAUUCUCAGUAAUGAGUAUAGCUCCUCUAAAAUUAAGGCGGCAUUAGAGAUUUUGUUUUCAAAUUGUAAAUCCAACAGUCCAUGUGAAGAGGUCGAUGAGUUAGGGGAGACAAGUAAAGAAAGUUCUAUGCCUGCACAAGUGAGAACUGAGAAAGUGGAGAAUUCGUCGUCAGAAGGACCAAUAAAAACCAUUAUUUUCUCUCAGUGGACUCGUAUGCUGGAUUUGUUCGAGUAUUCUUUAAAUCUGUAUUGCAUCCAGUAUCGGAGGCUUGAUGGUAGUAUGUCUCUGGCUGCAAGAGAUCGGGCUGUCAGAGAGUUCAAUACUGAUCCCGAGGUCACUGUCAUGCUGAUGUCCCUUAAAGCUGGAAACCUUGGUUUGAACAUGGUUGCAGCUUGCCAUGUUAUCCUUUUGGAUCUUUGGUGGAACCCGGCUACAGAAGACCAAGCGAUUGAUCGAGCACAUCGUAUUGGUCAAACUCGGCCUGUUACAGUGUCGAGGAUUACAAUCAAAGACACUGUUGAAGAUCGUAUUUUGGCUCUUCAGGAGGAGAAGAGGAAGAUUGUGGCAUCUGCGUUUGGUGAAGACCAUGUAGCUGGUUCUGGAGUUCGUCUAACCAUUGACGAUCUCAAAUAUAUAUUUCUGGGGAGUCGAUCCAUGUAGCAAAACUGUAUCGAUUCAUUUUUCAAUUGUUCCCCUCCCAUCUUUUGGUAGUUUGUGUGAAUAGGUGGCUUCUGGGGCCUCUUUUGAGCCUUGGCAAUGGUGGCUCUAGCAAUGGUCUUCAGGUGUUCUGGUGGCAACUUUUUAGGUUAGUUUCUUUCAUCUUUUGAACAGAUUUUUUUUUGUUGGUAGUCACUAGCCACUAGAUUCAUGGGAGUGGGAAGGCUAGCAUACUUAUAUGUAAAUAUUGCAUAUUUAUUUUUAAUUAAUUUUAGUGUUAGUAAAAAAUAUUUAGGGCU